GAUUGUGUGUACAGUACAGUUCAUGUCGUGCAUAUAACGUCAAACAUGUUAAUAUGCACAUGAGUCGGAGGAAAACAUUCAUAUGUUCAUUUAAGAUUCCUCAAAUCAGUUACGCUUCAACUAGUACAGAAUUGAGCGAUAAAACGAGAUUCGGGUAUUUUUCACGUGUGGUUCCACCUGAUAAUUUUCAAGCUCAAGCAAUGGUGGAUAUAGUUAGGAAACUUGGUUGGAAUUACGUUUCUACAGUUGCUUCUGAAGGUGACUACGGUGAAAAGGGGAUCGAAUAUUUUAAAAUGCUUGCUGAAAAAUCAGGAAUAUGCAUAGCAGUAUCGGAGAAAAUUACUCGAAAUACAAAACCUGAAGAUUUUGAUAAAAUUAUUGAACAUUUGAGUUCAAAACCAAAAGCAAGAGGAGUUGUAGUUUUUGUUGAUGAAGACAACUGCAGAAAGAUGUUGGCCGCGUCUAAAAGGAAAAACAUGAGUGGUCACUUUUUAUGGAUAGGAAGUGACAGUUGGGGUGCAAAAAUUCAUCCAGUUAGAGAUCAAGAAAUUGCAGCUGAAGGAGCUAUCACCAUUUUGCCAAAACGUUACCCACUUACAAAGUUCGAUACAUAUUUUGUGUCUCUUACUCCUGAAAACAAUAAAAGAAACCCUUGGUUUAAAGAGUUUUGGAAACAACAUUUUAACUGUACUUUUAGUAACAAAACAGCAGCGAAACGAAUAUGUAAAGGCGAAAAUUUGCGUACAAAGUAUGAGCAAGAAGGACUUGUUACAUUUGUUGUUGAUGCUGUCUACGCCAUGGCUUAUGCAUUGCAUAAUAUGAUGCAAAAUGUUUGUAUCCCACCGAGUUUGUUAUGCAAGGAUAUGAAUCCACCUCCAGGAAAGGAUUUGCUACAAUAUAUCAAAAAUGUUUCAUUUCCAAGUAGACAAGGUGAAGGAAUAAUUGUUAGAUUCAAUCAAGAUGGUGAUGCUCCUGGAAAUUAUCAUAUUUAUCAAUAUCAGAAGACAGGACAGGAUAAAUAUGAUUAUAAAGUAGUUGGAGAGUGGACUGAAAGCCUUCAAAUAAAUAUGACGUUGAUUAAAUGGGAAGACAGUAACAUUUCUGCUCCAUUAUCAAGAUGCAGUGAAUUUUGUAAUACUGGCUAUGUAAGACAAUAUCAAGGACAACCUUGCUGCUGGAUCUGUGUUCCGUGCAGAUCAGAUGAAUAUAUAUCAAAUGACAGUUGUUUACCUUGCCCUCCGGGUCACGAACCUCGAGUUGACAAAACUGAAUGUGAAAAAUUACCAAUUCAAUAUAUGACGUGGGACAGUCCUUGGGCAAUCAUUCCUGCUGCAUUUGCAUCACUUGGCAUAUUAUGUACUUUAUUUUUCUUCACAGUAUUUCUUCACUUCAGCAGAACACCGAUAAUAAUGGCUUCCGGAAGAGAACUUUGCUAUGUUCUAUUAAUUGGAAUUCUUCUUUGUUACUCUAUGACCUAUAUAAUUUUAUCCAAGCCUACUACCAUAACCUGCAUGUUAUUGAGGGUUGGCCUAGGCCUUUGUUUGAGCAUCUGCUAUUCGGCAAUUUUCACUAAAACUAACAGAAUUGCUAGAAUUUUUAAUCAAGGAAUUAAAAGUAUUAAAAGACCAAGUUAUACCAGUCCCAGAUCUCAGAUUGCUAUUUGUUUGGGUUUAGUAUCCGUUCAACUCAUCUUUGCUAUAACGUGGCUAAUUGUAGAACCUCCUAGUCUAAAAGAAGUUUAUCACAACAAUCCCAGAUCAGCUGUAUUACAAUGUGGAAUUUCUAGCAUUUCUCUUGUCGUUUCACUUAUAUAUAACAUGAUUUUAAUCGUCCUUUGCACUACAUAUGCUUUCAAAACAAGAAAAAUUCCUGAGAACUUUAAUGAAGCAAAAUACGUGGGAUUUACCAUGUAUUCGACGUGUAUUGUCUGGUUAGCAUUCAUCCCAAUUUAUUUUGGCACAAAGAAUGACUAUAAGAUACAAAUUGCAAGUCUUUGUAUGUGCAUAAAUAUCAGUGCUACAGUAGCAUUGGGAUGUUUCUUCACUCCAAAGAUUUACAUCGUUUUAUGUCAGCCUUACAAGAAUGUUAGGGCUGCCGCAUCGUGCAGUACAGCAUCGAGUAGCGGGAUGGGAACUGGAUACUCACAUAAUAUGAGGUUUGCACGACCGAAUGCCAGUGCAGCCAUAGCAACUGUUGCAACAGCAGCCGUUAUAGGUUCUGCAAGACCAGCCAUUGAGACAGACUUUCGAUCUACUACGAAUGGCGAGAUAACUUCACCCAGUGUUGAAGAAAGCAGUCUCAGUUAAAGUGCAUAUAUUUCUAUAUUAAACGUGUCUAUUGAUGGAUGUGAUGUAUUAUUUUUUCUCGGGACAAGUGAAGAAAAAUGAAUUUAACAAAAAAAAAACCAAAUUUUUUAUAGAAACUGAAAAGUUAAUGAAAUAACAGCAAUUAUAUUUGCUCAAUGUGACUGAUAUGGACCAAAUGAUGUUACGAAAAUGUUGAAAACCGACUCAGUACUACUGAGAUGAAUUAUUUUAAAAUGUUUAUUGUUAAAAGAUCAUUAAAAUGAUAAUGGAUAACGAAUGUUAAUUAAGAAUUUUCCAUUUUGUUUCAUCAAUUAAAUUUUUAAAAUUCUGUAUCUCUUAAUUCAAUUCAUUAUCAUUCUAGCUUUUCUGAAUAACAGUUUUAUUUUCUAAUAAUUUCAUUGGUCACUUUAUUUCGCAAAAUUAUUAUUCCAAGUUUUUAACAAAUUUCAUAAAUUAUAAAUUUAAAUAUUACAAAAUUCAUAAAAGAAAUUAGUUAAAAACCUGGGAUAUAAUUUCUAACGAAAUUGAUUCAGAAAGAAAGAAAAAUAAUGAAUUGAAAAAUAUUUUCAAAUUUAAUCGCACAUUAUUACAUAUAAAAUAAGUACUGACAUUAUGUAUAUUGUAUUUACAGUCAAUAGAAUAGUCAUUAUU